AUGGAGGCAGAAAUCCAGGGAGCAGUUAAGAACAUCGGAAGAACCCUGAUGGGUAGCUGUGAGAAGCCCCACUGGAUCACCGAGAAGCCAGGAUCCUGGCCCGUGAAAGUGAGGACUAUGCUGAAGAAGCUGGUUGUCUUCGCAAGCAAAGUUCUCCAAGGUGGACUUGAGGCCACAUGA